UUUUUAUUUCAUCUUUAGACCAUUUUGCCAACCUCUCUUCGUAACCGUACUAGAGUUAUAUGUGGAGAGAGAACGCCAUAUUUUCUAUCAGCCAUCCAACUUUCUUCUGAGGGAUCGACUUCCAACUCUCUUGUGAGGGAAGGGAUCCUCUGGUCGUUAUUAAACACCGGAGUUGUGUUCGGAUUCUUUGUUCCAGCACCAUCGGGUAGCCAGGCGAUCGAUUUUGUGGUCUCCAGGAUUGGAACAGAGAUUACUGUAGAUCGAUUUCGUUGAAUUAACCGUCCACAUGUCCAGACCUGCUGCCACUCACACCUGUCUGUGUUCUACACUUCGCCGGAAAUCUCGAAUCGGCUGAUUCACCGGAAAGCUCUGAGUCCCGCCCUGCGCGGCUGCGCCAUCCAGCCUCUCCCUGCCUGCUGACUGAAUCGUGGUCUUCUCAAUUUCUGGUAGCAGGAUGAAUGCCAACGCUCUGUUCGCAAAGAGGAAGGGCAAGACCCAGUCCAAGGAGAAGGGGCCCUCGGGCCAGAAGCCAGUCGACGCGCUUUUCCCGAAGGUCAUAGAACCUUCCGCCGGGGACUCCCAUGCUGCUGUGGGGACGGGGGGGUCGAAGGCCGAGGCGGCCGCCAAGAAGAAGAGGGGCGACAAGGGGGUGGAGCCCCCCACCAAGAAACAGAAAGGCGCCGUGGGGGCUGUCGGGGGGGCGGCCUCCCUCGUAAUUAUUGAUGACAUGCCCGCUGUUGAUGGGCCUCUAGCCUCGGUCUCUCCGAAGGAUCCGGUGAAUCCCCCCCGGGAGAUCCGUCAGCUCUCCUUUGCCCCCGGCGCUUCGUUGAUGCACGGCACUGCCGAGCCGAAGGCCUUCCUGCGGGGCAUCACCUCGAAGAUGGACAAGGAAGUCUUCGAGACCUACGAUGACGAUGCCCUCGAGAACAGGAUCCUCCGCUCCUCGCUCACUGCCUGCAUAGCCCUCGGGGAACAGGCCCGGAGGCGCGAGGAAAGGCGUCUUCACGAGGCCGCCCAGGAUAAGAAGGUGGAGGGGCUGAUCCGUAAGAACUCCGAGGCGGUGAAGCAUGCUGCCCAGCUGGAGGAGGCCCUUCGGGAGGCGAAGGCGGCGGCGGAGAAAGCCAAGGCUGAUGGUAUAGCCGAAGGCAAGGCAGAGGCCGAGAGGGCUGCUGCCGAGGCGGCGAAGAAAGCCGCCGAUGAAGCCCGAACUGCUAAGGAGAGAGCUGCGGCCGAGGCCCGAGGGGAGGCAGUUGCGGAGUUCCUUGCUGAGGGCUGGAGGGCCGAGGGCCAUAAGGAGUGGGUUGCCUCCGUGGUGGCAGCCUCGGUGGACGCUUGGGUAGAAGGCCCCGGGGUUGACUGGCUGACCGAUAGGGGCGACGCCUACUAUCAGGGGGUGAGUUUUUUACCCAGCACCUGAUAUACCGGAGGCUCGCCAGGCACUUCGGUGUAUCUCUCGAACAAUUUGACCCCUCGGUAUACGGCCUCCCUCCGUUGCAACCAGAUGUCAGAGUUCCCCUCCCCCCGGGUGAAGAGCGGCCAACAAUCUAUGAUUCUGUGAUGAUGGGGGGUGACGGGGUUGGAGCCGUCGGGGGUGAUGCUGCCGGAGAAGAAGUCUCCUCCAAGGCUGUCGUGGAGGAUGCCCCCGGUGACAACGAGGCUGAAGCUGCCGAGAAGAUUAUUACUUAGUCAAUUUUUUUUUAAAAAAGCCUUGUAAUGAAACUUUUGUUGCCCCUCGGCUUUGGCCACACUCUGUAAUGAUCACAUUGACUAUUUUUGUGUUGUAAUUGAAUGAUUGCCUUCGGGCUUGGUGUAUGUGAUAUGCUUCCUUCUGAUCUCUUCAUUGUUGAAUGUAUGCC